GUGGAGAAGUCAUAAAUUUUGCGAAUACGAGAUUACCGAGUAUUAUACCUAGAAGGGAUGCCGGUUGAUUGAAGAUGGCCUCGCCGACACCCUCAUUGGAAUCGCGCGCAAAUUCCCUCGGGUCCCCGGUUUCGCUGUCCCCAGUAACGGUGAGCGGCAGCUCGCCGCCUGCUAGCGACUCGGCGAUCUGCGACGUCGACAGCUGCGACUUGUGCCUCGACGCACCAAAGUCGGGCGAAGAUCCGUGCCCGCGCUGCCGGCUAGGUAGCACGAGUGGCACUCCCAUUCACAUCCGUUGCACCGGCUGCAAAUCCGCUGAAGGCGUUGUAGCUGGCGCUGUAUCGCGUUGUUACGAUUGUGAUCAGUUUCUCUGUCCAAAUUGCGUGAUGGCACAUCAAUACAUGCUCUGUUUCGAAGGCCACCGGUUAUUAAACUUGGCCGACUCCAAGCUGGAGACCGUCGGCAGCGGUGGUGGCGGCGGCGGCGGUGGCGGCGGAAAUGGUGGUGGUGGAGGAGGAGGUGGCGGCGGUAACACGAUCACCGCGACGACGGAACUGCCCAAAAGCGCCUGUAACGGUAGCAGCGGCGGCGGCGGAGGUGGCAACAAUCUGGUUAUCAACGGCACCGGGAACAGCAACAACGGAGGAAACGGGGAGAAGAUACACUUUUGUGGACGACACAAGCAGGAGAUAAUCAAGUAUUUCUGCCGGAGCUGCAAUGUGCCGAUUUGCAAGGAGUGCACGUUGACAGAACACGCAGGACCGCUACAUGACUGUGCCCACGUCUCGGAGGUAGGCACACAACAACUGGAGGCGUUGUCGCGGAUCGUUCAGGAGUGCCGCUCGAAAGCGGCGGACGCGCGUGCGGCGGUCAAAGCUACAGACCAUAACACCGCGAUACUACAGGUGCAGUAUCACAAGGCGCAAAAUGAGAUCAACGAUACCUUCCAGUUCUAUCGAUCGAUGCUAGAUGAGCGCAAACAGGAGCUGCUGAAAGAACUCGACUCAGUGUUCUCGACGAAGCAAAUCUCCUUGAACGUGCUCUCCCAACGAGCCAACGAGAUGGCGGACAAGAUGAUGCAGACCUGCGAUUUUGUCGAGCGUGUAACCAAGGUCACCACCAUUACUGAUUUCCUCAUGGUCAAGAAGAUCCUUGAGGCAAAACUUCAAACGUUGCUCAGUAACAUACCAAACACGGAUAUAGCCAGUCAGACCGCGGAUCUCGAAUUCGUCAGCAAUUACCAGGCGAUACAGGUCGGAGUGAGAAACACCUUCGGCUACGUUCGGAGUAACAGCAACAGCGAAAACAACGCCGGUUCGAUCGGCAAGCAGCCACCUAUCGCACGACCUACCGCUCUGUCGAGCAACGGCAUUGGCAGCGGCGGCGGCAGCAACAUGAGCAACGGACUCGGAAGCGGAGCUGGUCCUUUGGGCGGUCUUCUCUUAGAACGGACUUACAGUAACGGCCUGAUCUCCUCCAGUAUGAAUUGCGGCUCGUCGUCAUCACCUUCCUCGAUCGACACUGUCAGCAGCGUGAUCUCAAAACGUUUCAGUUCAGCUAACAGUCUCGGCCCGUUUUCCACGACGAUCAGCGACGUGAAUCUGAAUGGCAUGAAUGCCAAUCCGUACGAGAAAUGGAGCAACGGCGGUAGUGACACUUAUCCGGUCGUGACGACGAAUGAUCAUUUCGCGAUGCCGUCGGUAGCCGUAGCGACGAACGCCGCACCGGGCGAUUCCGUCCUUGACUUGACUUCGAAACUGAUGUCCGCCACCGCGAUAUUCCCGCCCAAGUCGCAGAUCAAACGGCAAAAGAUGAUUUACCAUUGUAAGUUUGGCGAGUUUGGCGUGAUGGAGGGACAGUUCACCGAACCAUCUGGCGUCGCGGUGAACGCGCAGAACGACAUCAUCGUUGCCGACACGAACAAUCAUCGCAUCCAGAUCUUCGACAAGGAAGGCAGGUUCAAGUUUCAAUUCGGCGAGUGCGGCAAACGCGACGGCCAAUUGCUCUAUCCAAACCGCGUCGCCGUCGUGAAGACGUCCGGUGACAUUAUCGUUACGGAACGUUCGCCGACCCAUCAGAUACAGAUUUACAAUCAAUACGGUCAAUUUGUACGCAAGUUCGGCGCAAACAUCCUCCAGCAUCCACGCGGCGUCACCGUCGACUCGAAGGGACGGAUCGUUGUCGUGGAGUGCAAAGUGAUGCGCGUCAUCAUCUUCGAUCAGACCGGCAACGUUCUACAAAAGUUCGGCUGCUCGAAACACCUCGAGUUCCCGAACGGCGUAGUGGUGAACGAUAAGCAGGAGAUCUUCAUCAGCGACAAUCGCGCCCAUUGUGUCAAGGUUUUUAACUACGAGGGCGCUUAUUUACGGCAGAUAGGCGGUGAGGGUAUCACCAAUUAUCCGAUCGGCGUGGGCAUCAAUACGCAUGGCGAGAUACUAAUAGCGGACAAUCAUAAUAAUUUCAAUCUGACCAUCUUCACGCAGGAUGGCCAAUUGGUCUCGGCUCUUGAGAGCAAGGUGAAGCACGCGCAGUGUUUCGAUGUGGCGCUAAUGGACGACGGUUCGGUCGUAUUGGCCAGUAAGGAUUAUCGGCUGUACAUAUACCGCUAUGUACAGGUACCGCCGAUCGGCAUGUAGAGCAGCGACGCGUCACGACGACGACGAUGAUCGUCGUGCGCCAAGUGUCAACAUUUUUCAUCGUGUCAUUAUCGCCAUCAUCAUUGCCGCUCUUCGUCGUGCGACGAUCGCGGGACCACCGCGAUCUCAUCGAUCUUUUCUCUCACCUACGUUCGCCUGUCUUCUAUCGCUUCACCGCCAACGCUCGCGCGCUCAACUCACCACCUCCGUCAUCAUCAACUCAUCACCUUCUUCGCUCGCCCCACCUAUGAGACGUUUCACGGAGAACCGCCGACCAUGAGAAAAGAAGCGCACCAUUUAUUGCUCCAUACACGACUCUCAAAGAGAUCGACACCCGAGCGAGUGUCGUUCACGCGGCAAGAAUUUGGGAGUCCCCUCGCCGGAACUUUCCCGAGGCGCUCCUCUUGUGGAUUCUGCCGAACGACGGAUAUCAUCGACGGUAUGCGAGAAAGCACGCGCGCGCUUCCCUCGAUAAUCCUCCUUGCGUUUCCGCGAGCUGCCCUCUUCGUCCCGCGUAGACGAGCGGAAAGAAAGAGGAGAAACGCGUGAUGCUUUGUGUGUAUGGCCCUCGCGACGCUGGGCUGUCGAGGACCCGUAAACAAGAGAAAGAGAGUGAGAGAGGGAGAGAAAGAGAAUGAGAGAGGACGUAAAUCAACCCUGCCCCGACAAAUUCGCGCGCGCUCCUUUCUUCGCGCGUACGCGCCGUAUAUACGCGUGCGCGUACACGAUAACUUACUUGUUAAUGUUGUUAUAAUACUGAAAAUACUGUUGUUGUUGUUUAGUUGUAGAGCUCGCCGCCGCUAGUCACUUCCCCCUCGCCUUCCACCCUCCGCUCCUAUUCCUUCACGCCCGUUACCACUUUCCUACUCCCUCAUUCCCAUUGUCCACACUAACCAACGGUCCUCUCUGAGACCUCGUCCGACGAUCACAUCAGGAAACGUGUUUCCACUCGUCACGACGACAUAUGGUCUACACUUAACUAACACAAUGCAUCGGGUCGUUACGCGUGCCCAAAUUCACGCGCGUUCACCACAUUUUCGUUACUCUCUUCGACGGUGGUCGAUUGCGGCCGUCGCGCUCGGGUCACUUCCGGUCAUCGCGCUUCAAAAUAUCUCCCUCCAAAUGCCGUGCGAGGUUCGCGAGGAAGGUCCGUUUCGUUGAAUAACUCGUGAGAGGAUCCAUUUCGAGAUCCACGCGAAAUCCAACGAUUUUGCGCAAAUUGCCUUCAACAGGUUUGAUCUUGUCCCACGGGACUCGAGACUGAUUACCGUGAGUAUUAUAUGGGCUUAUUACUCCGGUAAGCUUCGAACUAGUUCGUACAUUGUCAACACAUCUUAUCUGCGGUCUUCGUUAAACGAUUUUGUUUCCCAAAUUGUUUGUAUUUUAUAGAUCUCUAUGGACAAUUAUUUGAUCUUACUGCAUAAGACGUCAGAUUGAUCCAUGUGUUGUCAAUGCGUUUGCAGAAAUGGUUUCAGAAAUUGUUGGAGAAAUUAGUAAUUUCGUCAUUAUAUUUCGAUACAAUGUAAUAUAAUACGUCGACAUAUUUGGGUAACAGACUCGCCGAAGAUUGUUGAGGCAUGUAUAUGGGCGCACUUGGGACUGUGCUGAUUAUCCGAGAUCAAUUGAUCCAAUAUCAUUCGUGAAACGCGAGAAUCGUCCCGCGGAUUCUAAGUCACCGGACGACAGGACAUUUUAUAUGUUGCGGAUAGAUCGGAUACCGUUGUUGAAUUUGUCCUUCGAUUCCGUUUCUCCCCUUCGUUUUGUAACGAUUAUCGACAAUUCCUACGGAAACUCAUUCUGAGGUGCAUUUAGUAUUGUAAUUAUGACGGCGUUUCGUUGAACGGUCAUCGGGCGCGUUUAUUUUUUUUGUCUCUUUAAUUAUAUUAUUAUUGAUUAGUUUUACUUAAUUAAUUUCCGCACCUCUCUCCCAGGACAUUCGUCUCACUCAUUUUGUCGCUAAAUCGCGUCGACCCAUGUUAACUUUUCGGUCGUUACAGCAAAAUUACUUUUCUCACUCGAUUUACGUGGAUAAAUUUAAUUACCACCUUUAUCGGCGAGUAUGUGCUGAGUGCUUAUCGACGGUAUCGUUAUUCAUUAUGUUUAAAUAUAAUGUCGCGAUAUGUUUUGGAGUAUUAGCGAGGAACCAUUGUACCAAGUAACGUUAACGCUUAAAUACGAGAUAAAUUCAUUUAUAGAUAACGCAAAUAAUUCUAAUAGGGAUUAAAGAUUGUUUCACUCACGGAGACACGCAAGAGAAUCGCAAGAGAAUUUAUAAAGACCUGAAUAUAGUAUUAUAAGAGAUGAAUCUCAAGAAAAAAAAAUAGGACGCUUAGCGUUUGAUCCAUGCGUAAAAAAAGCCGAUUGCGUAUAUCGGUGUGUUAAGAUCGUCGAAGCUAAUUCUCGGCUUUCAUAGCAAAAUAACGCAAUCGUUUUAACGUAACCACUAUCCUCAUCAACGAUUACGAAAGCAGAGGACGAAUUUUGUCAUCGUCUUCUCUAAUUUUCCAUUUUACGGCAAAAACCCUCUUCCUUUUUCUUUCUAUUAGCGUAGUUAGUAUUGUAGCGCAUAUAGUAGUUAUUAGCCGUUUUUAGCGAUCGUAUAAGACUUUCCUUUUUGCUCUGUAUCUCGUUCUCUCGAUAGUUACGUUGUCACAGCCUGAUGCAACUUUUGUUCUUUUCUCUUCUUCAUUUGUGUCGCUGCGCUUAAAAAAAACAAAACAGAAUGCGUUGUUGCUGCUGCUUACAUUCUUAUAGAUUUUGACGAAACCACCGUCUAUCCCAACCACCAGCGAUGAGAAUCAUCACCACUACCAUCACCCUCCGAUUUCCACCCGACUGCCACGCUGCCGUUUUAGGUUUGCGCGGGCGUCUUUUUCACUCGAAACAAAAAACUUAUAGUAUUAAUAAUAUAUUUUGUUGGAUGGAUCGUCAAUUGCGGAAGUCGUCACAAGUCUCCGCCGCGCGACUCCGUGCAUGUUUGCUAUUAUUAUAUUUUUUAUUAAUAUUAUUCUAUUAUUAUUCUAUUAUAUAUUAUUAACGUGUUGCGACUUUCGAUUGUCGAUGCGAGACGUCAUCCAACGCCCCCCGUAUUGUGAAGAGAAAAAGGCUAGCUGGCAUACCCUAACGACCCUGAUUACUACGGUCACGAAGAUUCGUGGAUUAUGUCAGGAUCUUCGGUCGUCGAUUGCUUCGCUCGCGCGAACAUCAAUUCGAUUCUAGAAACGCCUUGGGCUGAUUUAGUUUUCUCGCGCUCAAUCGCUCGGGAAAAAAAAUUAUCACGCUACUUGGAGAAUAUUACGAGUUUUACAUAUGAAAUAAUUAGUAAAAUUCUUUUAAAGAUUGAUUCUCCACGAUUUGAUCGAGUAUUGAAUAUUAUUUCAACUCAAUGACAAAUUUUUAAAUAAAAUAGUAAAUUAAGGUAGUAGUAUAAUGAUCGAUCAACAGUUGACUUUCUGCAAUUCUAUUGGACAAGUGAUAACUAAAAUUCAAUAUUUCCGCAUCUUCGAACAGUUUCGUCAUCGAUCGUAAUCGAAGAUCCUGGGAUAAUUCGCGAUGAUUGCUUGAUUUGGUAGUCGAAUCUAAUUGCACGUUUAGUUCAGCAACGUGCUGACAUUUUACAAAGUCGGAUUGAAGAUUCAUGACAUCUGAUUAAGGACUUUAUUUGAUUUGAAUAUUUUUGAUCCUUCGAUCAAUCUACUGUGAAUUAAGUGUUCGAGAAACACGAAUUGCGAUCUAAACAUUUUGUAUCUUCUGCAGUUCGUUGUUAAGAAAUAUAAAAUGCGAAAAGAGAAAGGGAGGUGUAAUCAAAAAGUUUCCAUGACGUUCAUGUGAAUGUUGCGAAUCUUAUAACCGACGUUUGUAAAUUAGUGAGUAUUUAGGUAGAGACACGCGAAUUAUGAUGCACGAAAAACGCUCUGUAUCAUUCGACAAGUGUGUUAUAAUUUGACAGAUACGGGCACUAAAAUAAAUGUUGAAUCGUGAAUCCUUUAAUUUUUGCGCGGUUAAAGAGUUGCAAUUAAAGACUACUGAACUGCAGGCGAUCGUCGUUGAAUUACGUCCUUGUUCGUCCGAGGUAAUUCCAUAGACAUUCCGUAAACAUUUCCGAUCUUCGAGUCGCGCAAACGCUCUCAGAAUCAUAUCACGGACCAGUUAUGCGCACAUGUCGUUUGCCGUCUCGAAUAGAGGAUUCGAUAUUAUUUUUUACCACAAAUUCUGGACAUUUUCCGAUUGGAAUGUCCUCGUUACGAAGACAAACUCUAAGGACGGACAAGGAGGAUGGAAAUUUAAUUCUAACAGGGUACCCGGAAUAAAAAUAAACACAGCUCACCGAGAAUUAUUUGGAUCAUUCUCAUUUUUUUUCAUAUCGCGGUUUUGUUUCGAUGUUUUUGUUUUAAUCUUUCGAUUAAGCGCCAUUCCCGCAUCGACUCGGGCAAACCGUCAAGCUUUUUUUUUUCAACUUCUUGAUUCGUCAAGCUAUUUCAACUUUAAUCGAUCGCGCUUCCGCGCCUUUAAUCUUUUAAAUAACUUGACAAAGACGGAAUGCCAAAAGAACGACGUGAAUGGAUUAUUUGUAAAAAUUCGAAAUCUUCUCUAGGAAGGGGGGGGGGGGGGGGUAUUAAUUUGGGGAGAGAAAGGGGGUGCACGAAGAAAGUUGCACCGUCGAGACGGCAUCACAAGGUAUCUGUCCAUUAGUAUUUAUAUCACAUAAGCAUGUGUUGAUCCCUAAUUAACAUUACUGUCAUUAUUAUCAUUAUUAUUGCUAUUAUUAAUUAGUUAUUAUUGAUAUUUAGUUACUAUUAUUAUUAUUACAAUAUUCUUAUUAAUCAGUUAUUAUAUCGUUAUUGUAUCGUAUUAACGCGUUUGACGCGAGAACCGAGGAGAGACGAUGCGCCGCCUUGCCAGCUAGCCAUCACUACCACUUCGCCGCUCUCAUUGUCAAUAAUAAUCGGCCGUGAGGCGCGCGCACACAAGACAAGAGAUUAAAUUCCAUUCCUACGCAUUACUCCCAAAGUAAAAGCCCGCGAGAUGUAUGUACAUGCGUGUGUGUAUGUGUAUAUGUUACUACUGUGCCUGCGUGUGUUUUAUAUAUGCGUGCGCGCUCGCAUUGCUCGCGUUAUCACCGAGAAUGAGACGCUCCGCGAUGCGCGCGAGAGAUGAGAACGAAAUACCGUUUCGACACUGUCACUUUUUUUCUCGCUGUCAGCCACUCUUUUUUCCUCUUUUUUUGUACUGGUUUGUUAUGUUAUUAUUAUUAA